ACAAGCGGCGGAAUUACAAGGCAACGCGAUACCGCGAUAGGGUAGUAGUAACGGCACAAGAGAGACAAACACCCCACGUCCCAUGUCGACCUCCAACUUUCCCUCCUCUUUGCGGUUGAACUCCCCACGUUCUGGUGGCUAAUUUGAUUCCAGCACCAUGAAAGAAGACGCAGAAGUUCGAGCUUACCCUCCCGCCGGCAAGAAGCAUGCAAAUCAUAUUUGCGUCCUAGUUCACGGGCUACAUGGUAAUCCUUCCCACCUCGACUAUAUCGCGGGUGCCUUACGAGAGAAACAUGCAGACAAACUUUACAUCCUGGCUGUGAAGCGCAACACUGGAUCACUCACCUACGAUGGUAUUGAGCUGGGUGGGGAGCGUGUAGCCCACGAGAUCGAAGAGGCCUUGGAAACUUUAUAUGACCAAGACUACGAUAUCCAGAAACUGAGCAUUGUUGGCUACUCUUUGGGCGGUUUGGUAGCUCGAUAUGCGAUUGGACUUCUGUAUGCCAAGGGAUACUUCGAUAAGAUCCAACCUGUCAAUUUUACAACCUUUGCAACUCCCCAUGUGGGAGUAAGAAGCCCAGCAAGAAAAAACCACUUUUGGAACGUGCUUGGAGCCAGGACAAUCUCGGCGUCUGGCCGGCAGCUCUUCAUGAUCGAUUCGUUCCGGGACACUGGCAAACCGCUGCUCAGCGUUCUUGCGACCCCAGGCAGUAUAUUCAUGCUGGGUCUGGCAAAGUUCAAACACCGAAGUCUUUACGCGAACAUCGUCAAUGAUAAGGCCGCUGUGUUCUAUACAACGGGAAUAUCGAAAACAGACCCCUUUAUGGAACUGGACAAAUACCAGAUAAACUACUUGCAGGAUUACUCGCCUGUUAUUGUGAAUCCGCAUCGAUAUAUCACUGUCAAAAGCCAGAAAGAGUCUGCGCCAUUCCGUAGAUGGAUGAUUGCGCGGAGCAUGUCCUUCCUCACUGGACUACCCCUCUACGUGUUUUUAUGUAUAUUCGUGCCAAUUGCAUCAAUUCUUUACCUCAUAAAUGCUGCCAUUCAAACCAUUCGCAGUAAAAGGCGCAUCCGCAGUCAUGAAGAGGGCAAGUCUGGCGUAUUUUUCGGGUCGUACAAAGUUCCGCUGGUCGUGGAAGAGAUGCGAAGUGUCGUUGAGGACAUGUAUGAGACCGUAAAUGCCUCCCAGAAACCGGAAUACCCCUUUCGUGAUGAUGAUGACACGGCUGAGAGCAUAUCUUCCCCAAAGAGUCAAUCCCAGUCAUCUAUUCCAGGGAUUGAACAGUCCCUAAGCGUUUCAUCACGAAAACCCUUGAACCAGGCUGGCAACGGCGGCAUCGUUGACCGAUCUGCUUCUUCCUCCUCCCUUUCUCCUCCGCCUGAAGCUAAAAUCGGUGUUCCGGAAACCCCCACUUUGGCACUAACGCCGUUACAAUUCGCGAUAAUCGACAGCCUCAAUUCUGUUGGGUUCCGGAAAUACCCGGUCCAUAUCCACAAGGUGUUCCACAGCCAUGCGGCUAUCAUUGUUCGAAUGCCGAAGAAGAAAUUCGAGGAAGGGAAGAUUGUAGUGAGGCAUUGGCUGGACACCGAGUUCCGUGUUUGACGCCGUAACCCUCAUUAUUAUAUUUUCCCCCUUGCCAUUAUUCCACAAUAUUCUUUUCUGAUGUGAAGGAGGGGAGAGGAACCUGGAAGAGUUGACCCCGGGGAUUAGGGACAUGGGAAGAGUGGGGCCAGAGUGGAGAGGAGAUUAAUUAAGGACAGGCCGGGGUACGUACAGCAGCGUGGGACGCCGCUAUGGGAGGACCGCCAGGUUACACUCUUGUUAUUCUGAGCAAUCCCAGCUCGAGGCUACGCCCGCGACAUCCUCUUGCCGUCUCGAAUUAUGCCGUCUUCUCCUACAAUCAGUACACACCAACAAAACAUGAUUCCUCCAGACCAAAGAGGUUUGCGAACCCAUUUCAGAUCUGAAAAUCAGGCACUGUGUUUCGCUGCAAAGAGGAUACGCUUUCUUUCUCUUGUCUACCUACCUUUAACCCCGCACUUUCCUCACAGAGAAACAUAACCUGCAAUAAUCAGCCUGUAAACUGCUGGGUUUGUCAAGAUACGCACAAGUGUUUGAAAUGUGAGUGCUGGAAGGUGUGUGCGAUUGUUUUCUGCAUGUUGACAUCAUUGCUACCACCACCACGACCAAUCUCUUCUAUUGUUUUCAGCUUUCCUUCUGUAUCAAAAAAAAGUAA